CUUCCCCUUUGUGUGCUUUGUGCUGCCCUGCAUGGGAGACCUCCAAGCCUGGGCUCAGCCCUCUUCUCCAGAAAUUGCAUCCUUACUGCUGGGACAAGGUCUUGGAAGAGCUUCUAGAGAGUUACUGAAGGAGAGAAUAGUAAGUCUGGAAAAUGGGGUUCCUUUAGGUGUUUUUUUUUCAUAAUUAGUGUUCUUAACUGGAAGAUUUUCUGUGUCUGUGUGUAUUGUUCUUACUAAGAUAACAUCUUAUGCUUAUGAGAAAAGAUGGCUCCUGAGAAGUCUGGUACUACACAGGGUAGUGAAAAUAAGUUUUAAACUGGGUGCACAAUGUGCAUUCUUUUCCCCCUUUAUUUUUUAAUUCUGGUUUCCCAAAGGUGGAAAUAUUACUAUUAACAUUCCCAUUUUUUUUCUCCUCCUUCAUGUGAUCUACUUGUUUGAGUUAGGCAGAGUAGGGCUUUUGUCUUUUCAAACAGGUAAUAGGUGAGAGUUUGAUAGCACUGGAAAGUGCCUUGUAAAUAUUCUACAGCUGAUUUGUAAGCCAGAGACCUCCAUUAGUGCUUUGUGUGGUGCCUUGGAGAUGUCUGGGAGCCAGACCAUGUGAAGGCUCAUGGAGGAAAAGUGAGCUCUGACCUAGCUUGAGAAUUAUCUGUUUAUCAGUAGUUGGGACUUUGCAAGUUUGUGCAAUAGCCUAGCUCCUGACCUAAGAACAAUUACCUUCUUGGCAACCACUGCAGGUGGCAGUGGCACACAAGAAAUCAAAUACCCCUUGGGUUUAAAAAAAGCCGGUACAUCCAUGGCAUUCUCAGAGAAUGAGUAUUUCAUUCAGAAAAUGCCGUUUCCUUUGAAUAGUCCAUAAUCAAGCAUCUAUUUUAUUUAAAGAUGCUGUAAUGAAAUGCCUGUACACACUGUAUUCAAGCAGUUGUCUCUUACAAUGUAUUCCUGAUAGUACUGAUAAAAAAACUUGUGCGGGAGGAUGGGGGCUGGAAAACCAGUAUGUCAGCCACAGCUCUGAGCAACAAAUUUAACUGAUGGGAGGUAGGGGCUGGUUGCAGCAAAUAUGGAAAUUUGUGUGUGAGAACCAACUCUUCUGACCUUUCAUGUUUUUCUUUAAACAGCUCACCCAAGGAGGUGUCCCAACCCUGGCAUGUUCCAUUUUGUGUUGUUCCUACAGUAUAUUAUUCUCUGAAAGGCUGUUGCCCGAGACCAAGCCUCACCAAUAUGUUGCACAGUUACAUGAAGGGCUGCUUGUGAAUGCUGAGUAAUAAGCAAUGGGUCUAUUAAAUGCUGGAGAAUUGCAGUUCUCAGACUCUGAAAUGCCUGUGGGAAAUCAAUAGUGAUAAAUGUGAGCUAAAAUACAAUAAAUGAUGGGCUCUCAAUGGUGUGUUGGUAUGUAGGAAUAAGAUCUUGGAGAUCUAAUAGAUAAUUCCCAAUUAAAGGUCAGCAGUGAUGAAAAAAGCAAACAGGACUUAGGAGGAGAGGAGCAGAGACCACUGUGAAUGCUGCAGUGCACCCUUCUGAAUCUGGGCAGGUCUCGUUCCUUGCACUUCCAAAAGGCUGUGAUCAUGCUGGAGGAAGCUCAGAAAAGAGCACUGAGGAUGAGCAGCUGGUUUUCCAGAGAAGGGUAACUAGGCUGUCUUUGCUCACUUUUGGAAAGAGAUGGACAGGAAGCUUUGGGCUUGUAGGGCAGGAGUGACACAGAGCAUUAACACGGUGGUGUGAAAAAUGUGGAUCAGGUGGUCUUUGCCUGGUGCCUUCAGGGACAGCUCAGAGCAAGAAACAGGAGAUGGGGCUUCAGGUGAUGUAGGGCCACAUUGCACCUCCUUGCUGCUGAGGGCUGAGAGCGACAGACACAUGUUCAAUGGAUGAGCAGGGAGUUCAUGGGGAGUAAAUGCGUUGACAACUCCUAGUGACCAGGACCCCAGCUUUGCUGUAGGAAGGCUGAUCUGCAGACUGUUAAAGUGUUUUGUGGAAGUGUCUCUGUAUCCUUGCACUGCUUAUAGAUUUUGGGGUUCUGUUUUUUUUCCCUAAGUUACUUAAAUGGAGGGACUGGAUACCCGGCAAGUUAAUCUUACCCAGGGUAGCAAUUUUAACUCUGACUGACAUACAGGACUGAGGCCCCAGAUGGUAUUAUGUUACCUUAUUGCAAAUUCUGAAUUUCAGGCCUUUCCUUACAGGUUUCCAAAUUUUAGAGUGGCUUCUGAUGUUCAGGUUCAAAUGUUGGCCAAAAAGAGCCCGGGGGUGUGGCAGGCAACACACACCACUUUAAUUCCACCACAAAUGGAAUUGUGUAUCACUGUAAUCACUCAAAGCUGAGUAAGUUGUGGUUUACAGAGACCAUUUCUGUUACAAGCUGGACUUCCUCAAGGCAUCACAGCUGUCAGAAACCUAAUUUAAAAAUAAGUUGUCCUUCGGGUUGCUCUCUGUUAAUUAACUUAUCUCAGUUAAUUUCAUCUGGGCAGUCUUAUCUCACACAGUUCAGUUGUUCCUCAGGCACUACAUCACUCAAUUUCUCCUAUCUUUUUUUUAUCAAGCACCUUUUAACAGAUAGCAUUCAGUUUUGCCGCCACCAUAAUGAAACAAAUUCUCUUGUGACCCUUUCUCCUAGUGCCUUGCUGGCAAUUUUGUACCAAUUUGUUUUACCAGAUCGAUGUGCAAAAGCAUCCAAUUGCUAAUUUCUACUGAUAUUCUCUCAGCUUUGGCAAAAUCUUUGUUAAAACACAUGUUCAUAACAUACUGACUGGAGUCUGUAAGAAAUAUGUGAAAGCCUUCAGAGCAGCACUAUGCUGUUUGGUGUAUAAAGCUAUCAAGCAGAGGAAUGUCACUUUGGAGAUGUUCUGUUCCAUCCUACACAAAACAUUUUGCAUUUUCAGCAGUUGCCUUGCUCUGGGUGGUGGGAGCACCUCACUUCAGGCACCUGCAGCACCAGCCAGGGCUGUCUCUGGUGACAGAAUGGAGGGAACUCCAUUCCUAAUACUAGAAUUAGACACCAUUUAAAUGCUCUGGAUUGUUUAUUAAAAGUGCCAUUCCCACUCAUUUCACAGGAAGAGUUAGGAAACAGGGCUCUCAAUGUGGGCACUGUGGGUAGGGAGUGGAAGAAUUCUCCUGCAGGAACCUCUGGAGCAUCUCAUUUUCUGUUAAAAAAAGCACAAAACCAGUCAGCAUCCCCUCGCCCUCUCCUACAGUGGCCCAGCAGUAAAAGUCUGGUCAUGACAUCUGCUCUGCUCUGACUUCCAGAGAUUUUUGGACUUUUGGUAAGGAUGACUUCUCUUACUCAUGCUAGAACCAUAGUUUGUUCUAAGCGUCCGGAGCCCUCAUCCUCCAGUAAUUUCUUUCACCUCUGCAGGCCACAGUACAGUUCCAGUUUGUAAUUCUGAUUUCUGGCACUUGAAUCAAUGUGCAUUUAGUUUAUGAAGAAUCAUUUUGCUUCUUGCAUGUCUGGAAGGUGGGGCCCAGAGAGCAGUGGGGAAUGGAGUCAAAUCCAGAUGGUGACCAGUCCCAAAGAGUCCCUAGGGCUCAGCACUGGGACCAGUCCUGUUUAAUGUCUUUAUUGAUGAUCUAGACGAGGACACAGGGGUCACACCCAGUCAGUUCACAGACAGCACCCAGCUGGGUGGGAGUGUGGAUCUGCCAGAGGGCAGGAAGGCUCUGCAGAGGGAUCUGGACAGGCUGGAUCCAUGGGCCUAGGCCAGUGGUCUGAGGGUCAACAUGGCCAAGGGCCCCGUCCUGCCUUGGGUCACACCAACCCCCUGCAGCUCCAGGCUGGGGCAGAGGGGCUGAAAAGCUGGGAAAGGCCCUGGGGGUGCCGGGGACAGUGGCUGGACAGGAGCCCUGGUGUGUCCAGGUGGGCAAGAGGCCAAUGGCACCUGGGCUGUGCCAGCCAUGGUGUGGUAGCAGGGCCAGGGCAGUGACUGUCCCCUGUGCUGGCACUGCUGGGGCCACACCUCAGAUCCUGGGGCACUUCUGGGAACCUCAGGACAAGAAGGACAUUGAGGGGCUGGAGCAUAUCCAGAGAUGGGAACUGAGUUGGGGGAGGGGCUGAGAGAGCUGGGGGGUCUCAGCCUGGAGAAAAGGAGGCUCAGGGGGGACCUUCUGGCUCUGCACAACUCCCUGACAGGAGGGGAGGGAUGGGGCAGCUGGGGGGAGUCAGACUCUUCUCCCAGGGAACCAGGGACGGGAUGAGAAGAAACGGCCUCAAGCUGUGCCAGGGGAGGUUCAGGUUGGACAUGAGGGAAAAUUUUUGCACUGAAAGGGUGCUCAGGCAUUGGAAGGGGCUGCCCAGGGAAGUGUUGGGGUCACCAUCCCUGGAAAGAUACAAAAGCAAUGCAGAUGUGGCAUUGGGAACAUGGUUUAGUGGUGGGUGAACAGUUGGAACUCAAUGUUCUCAGAGGUUUUUUCCAAUCUAACUGAUUCUAUGACUCUAGUAGAGUUUGUAAAAGAGACUAUUCAGAUGCCAACAGCUCUCCUUUUUUCCCCACAUCUGUACCAACUGGUCCAAUAAUGGAAGCUGCUUAUAUUUAGUAACUUGUCUCAGUAAUUUAACUACUGGGUUCUUGAUUUAAUACUCCUUAAGUACUGGUAAUUUUUAUAUUUUCUAACACAUAUCCAUGAAUACCUAGGGACGGAAAGCUUGUUUUUCAGUUCACUUGAAAUAGGAUUUUACUUAUCUAAUGCAGGGAAAAUGCAAUUAGAUGUGAUUAAAACAAGUUUUAAUUCAGGUCUUUGGGUCUUUUUUCCCUAUAUUUUGAUGAUUAACACAAAACAAAAAGAAAAUUGUUUUUAACUUCUUUUUAUUUGCACACAUUUAAAUAUAUUUUCAGAUAUUUUUAAAUGCAGCUAGUGAUGAAAUAGUAACUGAUAAAAAAAAACCUCUACAAUUUGUUUUCUUAGCACUAAUUUUGAUCUUUAUGUCCCUUUACUCAUGUUCCCUUCCCCCCAAAGUUUUUUACCAGUUUACCAAGAGUGAUUAAAGACAAUGGAUCCAGACUUUUUAAAUGCAUUUACACAGCCUUCUACACUUGGUCGAUUCCUGACUGAGGAUGUCAUUGCUAAAGGAGAGAAGAGGAAACUCAUAAAACCAACCUCAAGCAACAACACCAAACUGGAAGAAUUGAAACUGUUCUUGACUGAGUGGAUCAGCAGAACUCUGAAAGAAGAACACAUAGUAGUUAAAAGUCUGGAGGAAGACCUGUAUGAUGGGCUGGUACUUCAUCAUCUCCUGGAAAACUUAGGAUCUCUCAAGCUGGAUGUUGAGAAGAUUGCAUUAAGAAAAAAACAGCGACAGAAACUCUCAGUGAUUCUGGAAGUUGUGGCCAAGUGUUUACAACUGGAAGAAAGUCAGCUGAAAUGGAGUAUGGAAUCUAUCUUGGCAAAGGACUUACUGAGCACACUGCAUCUUCUGGUUGCAAUAGCAGAGCACUUUGAACCCACCCUGGCUCUGCCUCCAAAUGUUCAAGUGGAGACAAUCACCAUCAAAACCACCUCCAGAGGAUUAAAGACAUCAAAUGCAGUGGAAUAUAUCACAGAAAACAAAGAGAAUAUAGAAGCGCAGUCAAAAGGUGAUGUCUUUGAUGAAUUAUUUAGCUGUGCUCCAGAUAAACUGGAUGCUGUAAAAAAGGCACUUUUGCAAUUUGUUGACCGGCAUCUUGGAAAAUUAGGAUUAAAUGUGAAAGACAUUGAAUCUCAGUUUUCAGAUGGGGUUAUCUUACUUCUGCUAAUUGGACAACUAGAGGGUUACUUUCUGAAUUUAAGGAAUUUCUUCCUGACUCCGGCCAGCACCAUGGAAAUGCUCCACAAUGUUAACCUGGCACUGGAGUUGCUAGCAGAGGGAGGCCUUCUGAAUUUUCCUGUGAACUCUGAAGAUAUUGUGAAUGGAGAUAUGAAGGCUAUAAUGCGAGUUCUGUAUUGCUUGUAUUCCAAAUACAGAACCAAAGAAAUUCCAGUUUCUGAAGUAUUCUCCUGAUAAUUACCAUGGGAAGAGCCAUUAUGAUAGUGGUACCUUUAUAUUCCCUUGGGGGAAAAACAGCCAAAAACCAGCCUUUGAAGCAGUGACUAAGUUGUAUUUUUUAAUUCUUCAAUGAUUGCCUUAAGUGGAUGUCCUGGAUUGCCAAUCAAAUUGUAUUCUAUUUGCCAUCUGUAUGGCAGUUGUCUUCUGUUAAGUGGAAAGUUUUCCUUAUCUCUUCCACAACCACUCCUCCCUCCGGGGAGACAUCUGCUGAUAAUAGGUUAUUGAAUGUCACUGCAUGACUGAUAAGGACUACAGCAUACCAUUGGGAGAUGCUCUGCCCAGAGGGAAGAGCAAAGCAUUCUACCCAGAUAUAAUCUUGAGAUUCUGGAACACCAGCACGGCUUUCUCCACUGGAUUUCCCAGAGGAACAGCUGCCCCUUCUACUGGAUCUUCAGAGGAAGACUACACCUUUCUACAGGAUCCCUGCUCCAACAAAACCCCACCUGGCACUCUAGGAGGACUGCAGCCACAAUUCCAAUUGGACUGCCACCAACACCCUGACCAACACGGUGUCAGAUUGUGUUCUGACUCCAUCAGUGUUUUAGUUUACAGCAUUGUUUAUUUUGUCUUUUUAUUUUCUUCCCUAGUAAAGAACUGCUAUUCUUGCUCCCAUACUUUUUGCCUGAGAGCCCCCUUAAUUUAAAAUUUAUUGCAAUCCAGAGGGAGGGGGUUUAUGUUUUCCAUUUUGGGGGAGGAUCCUGCCUUCCUUAGCAGACACCUGUCUUUCCAAACCAAGACAGUAGAUGAGAGCAAAUCUCAGACAAUGGGUCUAGAAAAAUAAUACUAUUAAGGGCAUGCUCUCUAUAAUUCCUAACAGAAAUAUCCAGGCUUAUCUGCUUUCAAAAGGGCACUCCACUGUCUUGCUAUUUAAACAAAGAAAAAAAGAGGUGUGGAGCUGCCAACCUUUCUUUCCCACUCAGAUUCUAAUGCCAUUAUCAGUUAUUUGUAUGCAAUUUUUCUCAUUUCUUCUGGGCUUUGCUUCCCCCUUUCUCUCCCCCCCCCCCCCCCCCCAUUAAACUUUGCACUUAAUCCUACACCAUGACAGUAAAUACACUAAGAUGGAGAAUCUGGCUGCAGAUCUUUAUAUUUUGCCUGGCUUUGCCUUGUCCUUCCUUCUCUGGUGCUCUGGGGAAGCUGGCGCAGGGGAAGAGAAAAAUGUGUAAGAGGCACCUUUCACAAUGCUGCUCUUGUGAACUUCACCCGGAGCUUUUGCAGGUGCCUUCUUCAUGCCUCUGUCAGUAUUUUUAAGGAGGAAUCAUCCCUCCCUCCAAGUGUACUAACCCUAGGUGCUGUGGUGUGACUAAUGAGGAAUUCUGUCCCUCUGCUCUCAUCCUGGCUGAUAAUAACAUGCCAAUAUAGGUGCUAGAACAUGUCGAGAAGACAUGAAAGGACUACCUGAGAAUUUCUGCCUUUAUUUUUAAGUGACAAUCCUUGUGUAAUGCUAUAUAAAAUAAUUUGAUGGAAGGACUCAGUUGUGUUGCUCUCCUUAUUAGUCAUAGGGUGAACCUCAGGUGCUGGAAUUAAACCCUGCAGCUGUGCAUGGAAGGGUCUUGGUGAGACCACCCUAACCCAAGCUGUCUCUGUCUGGUGUUCAUCCUCCAGGUGUGAGAGCCCUGGCCUGUGGCACUGCUGACACGGCAUGAAGGAGGGGACAGCCCACAGCUUCAGAUGAGUGGUCACCACAAGUGUAGGACAGGGUUGUACCACACUGGCUAGUUGCGUGUUUAUUCCAAAUCUGUAAAACUCCUGAAAUGCUUAUACCUGCCCUAAGAUUUUGCCAUCAGUUUGUGCUUUGGGUCAGCAAAAGGUGGCUUGGCAAGAAUUGAUUUUUUUUAAGACCUAUCUCUAGUCAUAGGGCAAGCGUAUGUGAAAUUGGCAAGAAGCCAAUGACAUCCCAGGUUCUGCCAGAAGCUGUGUGGACAGCAGGAGCAGAGCAGUGAUUGUCCUCCCCAAUACGGCGCGGGUGAGGCUGUACCAAAAAUCCUGCAUUCACUUUUGGUCCCCUCAUGACAAGAAAGACAUGGAUGUGCUUGAGUGUGUGCACAGAUGAAGAGAGCAUUUUAAGCAGACACUGGUCUGAGAGGCCUGCUUGCACAACCCUGCAUGCGUGUCUGCUAGCAGAGACGUGCUAGAAGAGAUGUGCUGCCCUUGGAACAGACAAUAUGGAGACACUUGCCAAGAUGUGCCCAGGGAUGUGAAGCAGAAUGUCCUGAGGAUAAGAAAAAAGAAGAUAUGGGGCAAGAUGUUCUACUGAUACUUUUGCCAAGAUAUUCUACGUGACUAAAGCUAUGUUAGCUUUUUGCUUUGUAUCGAACCAAAAAUAUUCCCACGUCGCUGAACCCUGCAUUACCAUAUAAAUGUACCCUCAGAUUUGCAAUAAACCGAGUGCUGAUCAUUACCUCCAUCAGGACUGAUCUUUGACUCCGGGGGCUCUUCUCUCCCUCUAUCUCUACGCCCUCUCCCCCCCCCCCCCCCCUUCCCCCUUAUUUCUCUCCCUCUCUUUACAUAGAAGCGAAAUGGAGCUGAGGAGCAGUCUGGAGCACAAGUCUGAUGAAGAAGGCCUGAGGGAAGUGAAAGUGUCCAGCAGAGAGAAAAAGUGUCUCGGGAACAACCCAUAGUUGUCUACGGAUCUCUGAAGGGAAGCUGUUACCAGGGCAGGGUCAUUAUAUCAGAGAAGGGAACAAACAAAAUGACCAGAGAAAAUUAACUGAAGUUGUGCACCAGGACUUUAGAUUGGAUUCUUUCAACAGAAAUUAUAUCAAGCUUGUGAAGAGAUUGCCUUUGGCUCGGCAUUGUAGCAACUGUGUUGGAGCUGACCUGAUAUUUUGUAUACGUAAAGAUCUAGAUUGCU